AUGGCUGAUAUAGUCCCUCUGACAGCAUUUAAAGCCAUUCAGGACCAAAUAAAAACACUGUGUUUGCGAGACUUUCCUUGCGGCACUGGCAGCUGGCAUAAAACGGAUCUUUUGUCCAAGAACAAACACAGGAAAUCUGGGGCACAAGUGAUAUACAGAUAUGAGGACGUGCAGUUGGAUAUCGAUGAUGCAGACGAGGAAAACAGCGACCAGCUGAUUGAGCUGAUCACUGAUCCUCGGUCGCCAUGGUACAUGGAAUACAGCUGGAGCAAGGAGGCUGGCACCUUAAAGGAGAAGGCAAUCAAGUCACCAUGGCUAAUAAAGCCAGACUUUGUAUACAGCUGUUUCCAAACUCUGAAUAUUGAUGAUAAAUCUGUAACAGAAAUAGAUGAGGGACUCUUGAGGUUCAAAAACUUGGAGGAGAUAACUCUCAGUGCAAAUUAUAUUAAAACAGUGAAUUCAUCGUAUCUGCCAGCUUCAUUGAAGGUGCUGGAACUUUGUGCCAAUGACAUUGAUGACAUCACUGACCUUUGCAGCAGACCUCCGCCACUUCGUCAUCUAGGUCUUGGCAGGAACCGAAUCUCUACUCUUGGAAACUGUGUUUCUGGAACUUUCUGGCCGGAGCUUGUGUCCUUGGAUCUGAGUUACAAUGACCUCUGUGGGCUGACAGAUCUUGUGAAAAUGUUCAGCACGUUACCCAAGUUAAGGAAUCUGACCUUGCAGGGAAAUCCUGUUUCGCUCAUUUCAGGUUAUCGAGGCUAUGUCAUUGACAGCUUGCGGAAUCUGACAGUUCUUGAUGACAAGCAGAUUUCUGUUGAUGAGAAGUACAGCUUCAAUGGCCUAGCAACUUUGGAAGAAUUAGUUCGAGACGAAGCAUUAGUCCAGCUUGGGGUUAUAAGUCUCAAAGGCCUUCAAUGUCCUCCAGAAAUUAUGAAUCCAAACAGCCAGCCAGACUACCCUGUGAUAGAAAGAACCUACUUUGUUCAGUUUAUGCUCCCUAGGGUGUACCAAGAACCGGUAGAAAAAUUAGAAGCUCCAAGUGCCUAUCUGUUUACAGACAUGCAGUCAGCCAAUGAGAUUACACCACUGCCAGAAAUGGACAAAGGUAUACUAGAGCAGGUACUCAUACAUGGUGUUUUGCAUAAUAAACACCAGAAGAGGUUCCAGCAAGGCAGCAUAGGUAUUCUUCUUCUGGCUGACAGCUCCCAGUUGAUGACAACAGACAUCACACAACCUAGAGAUGUCACACAAACUGUUGACGUCACACAAACUGUUGACCCAUCACAACCCAUUGACGUUGCACAACCCACAGAAACAGAAGGGACACCACAGACAUUGACAGAACCAGUCAACUCCAGCUUCCUGCCCUGGGAUGAUCAUAUGCAGUUUAACUGGACAAGGGAUGUCACUCUCAAGGAUCUCUUAACUGUUAGAGAUUUUUUCAGAACAGGAAUGGACGUGCAUGUCAUGGAACAAACAGUUGAAGCAUAUCCUCAAUGGGCAGUUACUGGCUCUAACAACAAAAUGGAACCCAAAGGAAGAGAACAGAAAGAUAAGAAGAAAACCAAGGAACCAGAGAAAGCUAAAGAACGAUUAAAGAAAAAGACAGCAUCGACAGAGGAUUUUUUAAAAAGUCCGCCUAAAUUAACGAAUAUUGCCUCAUUUCAUGUCCCUUUGGAGUGUUUUCUUAAUGGAGAACUGGAGUAUAAAAACACGUUUACCAAGAUCAACGUUGUGUCGCAGACAUCAAUCCUGAGUAAAAUGUCUGAGGAAAAGAUUGAUAAAAAAAUGGACAAAAGAAAGGCAUCUUCAAAGUCGCCCGCCGUGAAGAAAGAUCGCAAGAAAUCUCCUCAACUCAAGGACAUCGGCAGGAGAAAGCAAGGAGAUGAAAUGUUUGCUCCCACUGAGCUUCAGCUGGCUAUCUCUGUUAAACUUGGUCACUGGCUGACAGCACUAGAUGCUGUUGCUGUCAGAAAAUCUGCUUCCUUGGGAGAAAUUGUGAAUGCAGUCACUAAAUAA